AGCACUCAAUAGUUAGACUACUAGCAGUAGAGUAACUGACGUAACUUAGUACCAACUACCAGAUAUUAGGACUAAUGUUGCUAUUAAUUAGUGAUCAUAUCAGUAACUAGGCCUACCAUAGCAAUAGUUUUACUUUUAGUGGUAUAGAGUACACUAGUGUUACUAUUACUAGCCUUUACUUUCAUAAUUUACAUUAACAUUUGUUGAAGUGUGUGAUUUACCUUAGGUAAUCUAUUCUGAAUGUGUUGAAGUGUGUGAUUUACCUUAGGUAAGCUAUUCUGAAUGUGUUGAAGUGUGUGAUUUAUCUUAGGUAAGCUUUUCUGAAUGUGUUGAAGUGUGUGAUUUACCUAAGUAAGAUAUUCUGAAUGUGUUGAAGUGUGUGAUUGUUUACAGCCAUCACAUGUAGAAACAGUAACUAAGGGGUAUUUUUUGUUCCUUCUCCAUUAUUACUGUCAAUUAAAAAGAAAAAAUGUUGCUGCACGUCUUCAUCAGUGACAAAAAAGCAAGGACUUUUACCAGCUAAGCUAAGAUCUUUAUCCACUAACUACUAUUAUGGAGAAAUUUUUUAACCAUCAAAGUACCAAGCCACUGCAUUUGUAUAAAGGAUGUCACAGAUGCCCCCACUGAGGAGGACUUUGACCAUAUUCACUGUACUUUUGACCAUUGGUGGAAUAAUCAACAUGGCCUGGCGAUCACACGGAAGAAAUAAUGUGGAGAUGGUUCAAAACUUGAAAAAAAAUGGGAUAAUUAACAGUGAAACAGUUGAGCAAACAAUGUUAUCUGUGGACAGAGCUCACUACUCUAAAAGUAAUCCAUAUAUGGAUUCUCCUCAAGGAAUAGGAUAUGCUGUAACUAUCAGUGCUCCUCAUAUGCAUGCACAUGCCUUGGAGUUAUUGAAGGAUCAGUUAUAUGAAGGGGCCAAAGCCUUAGAUGUAGGCUCGGGAAGUGGUUAUCUUACUGCUUGCAUGGCUGUAAUGGUGGGAGAAACUGGCUUAGCUGUAGGCAUUGAUCACAUAGAAGAACUAGUGAACAUGUCUAUAGAAAACAUCAAGAAAGACAAUCCACAAUUAUUGGAAUCUGGAAGAAUAAAAAUGAUUGUUGGUGAUGGAAGAAAAGGGUAUCCAGAUGAAGCCCCUUAUGAUGCAAUUCAUGUUGGUGCUGCUGCAGCUCAGCUACCAGAUGACUUGAUUGCCCAGCUUAAACCUGGUGGUCGAUUGAUUAUACCCGUGGGAAAAGAAGGAAAUAAUCAAUUAUUAGAGCAAAUAGAUAAACUUCCAACUGGAGAAAUUAGAAAGUCAUCUUUGAUGGGUGUAGUCUAUGUUCCUCUAACAGAUAAGGAGUCACAGUGGCCAAGCAGGUACUCAAAGAAUGAGCUGUAAUAAUUUUUGCUAUUAUCCAACUUAUGCUAUAUGCACUAUUGGAAAGGUAAUAUUGAUUCUCAGAAAAUUCAUGAAAAUUAACUGAUUAGUUGUUGUAUUGUUAUAUUCGCUCUCAUUUUUGGAAGUUUUGAGCUUACAAAUAACAAUUUACUUCUUACUGUUCAAAAACGUGCAAGGUUUUGGUACUGUUUACAUUUUUCCAAACACGUGCUAAGUGUAGUAGAUUAUUCCUCAAAAAUGAAAGCUGAUAAACUUUGACAAUUUUCAAAACUGACGAUUUAUUAUUAACAUUGUGUACAGUUAGAAGCUUCAUCUGUUAAAACAUAAGUAUGUGAAGAAUAAGCAUUGUACUGCUUUGUUUGGAAAUAAAUUAUUAAUCAGAUAUUA